AGUUGGGAGAUGAAAAUAUCUCGACCCCUGCCAUAACUGGCGUGUGCGCGGCAACAUGUCGGUUUCCCACGAUGAAGAAAUCUUCGGGUUGCUUCAAAGAGCUGAAAAAAGACUCGCGGAUCGCCAAACAGAUAACAUCGCUCCAGAACAUAAUAAACUGGACGUCGCUCUUGUCAAAGCACCACGGCCGACUCGCGAGACAAGCGUUCGCCAGGUUGUAGCGAAAGAUGGCGCCCCGGCUGAAGUCAAGGACACCGCAGGCUCCAACUGGUUUGGUCUUCCGAAGACGAUCAUCACGCAAGAGCUCAAGAGGGAUUGGCAACUUUUGCGUAUGCGCAAUGUCCUCGAUCCAAAACAUCAGAAAAAGGCCCUUCGUGCAGAGCUCCCCAAGUACUCUCACGCAGGUGAAAUCAUUGCUGGGCCAACGGAUUUCUUCAGCGGCCGAUUGACCAAAAAAGAGAAGCGUGAGAGCAUUGCUGGUGAAGUUAUGAGAGACUACCAAACCGAAAAGUUUAAAUCGAAGUACGCCGGAAUUCAGAAGUCGAAAAUGUCUGGAAAGAAAGCCUUUUAUAAGAAUGUGGUCUCUCAAAGACGGAAAGGCAAGUCGUGAAGAAAUUGACUCGAUGAUACGAGAUCUAUCCCUUGCCCUGUUGUAUCUAAUGGCAGUCUGCGAAGGCUAUUGGCGGCCACAACUCUCUGCGCCUCUAGACACAAGAGGUUGUACGACAUCCAACGUCAGCCCGUUUGCGAUGGCUGGCUUUUCUGUAUACGCCGGUUUAAUCUACGCAAAUGCAAUACUACGUCACAUCUCGACUAGAAAAGGUUGAGCAUCGUUACUGCAACCCGAGUCUACCAGUCAAACUCACCGUCGCUCCGCCGCUCACUGCGGCAUCAACGAUGUAAACAUCUACCAUCACGCCAUUAUUAUUAGAAUCUAAUAAUUGAAUAAUUAUCAACGCUAUUUUUCGAGUUGUAAACUGCAUCACCCGUAA